AUGGCGAGCGCGGCGCGCGCGACGCGACGCGGGAUCGUCGCUCUCGGACGCGCCGCGGUCGACGCGCGAAGUGGACGACGACGGAGCGCGGUGGCGGCGACGCGGUCGAACGCGCGGGCGACGCGAGGAAAAGCCGCGCGCGCGUUCGGGCCGACGUACGUGACGACGCCGAUAUACUACGUGAACGACCAACCGCACAUCGGACACGUGUACACGUCCACGGUGGCGGACGCGUACGCGCGGUACGCGCGGGCGCGAGGGGCGGAUGUGUUCUUUCUCACGGGGACGGAUGAACACGGGUUGAAGGUGGAGCAGAGCGCGGAUAAACGAGGGAUCGAGCCGCAGGCGUUGGCGGAUGAGAAUAGUCAAAAGUUUCGAGACGUGAUGACGUCGUACGAUAUCUCGUUCGAUGACUUUAUUCGGACGACGGACGCGCGGCACGAGCGUCAGGUGCGGGCGCUCGUCGAGGCACUCCAGGAGCGAGACGCGGUGUACCUCGGCCAGUUCGAGGGAUGGUACGACGAGGGACAGGAGGAGUAUUACACCGAAUCGAAGGCGAAGGAGUUGGACUACAAGAGUCCGAUCAGUGGGAAGGAUAUGGUUCGCUCGAGCGAGGAAAACUAUUACUUCCGCUUGAGCAAGUUCCAAAAGGAGUUGGAGGCGCUGCACGCGGAUAAUCCGGAGUUCUUGACGCCGAGCGCGAGGCGAAACGAGAUGAUUCAGCGCUUGAACGAGGGCCUGAACGACGUCCCGAUCUCGCGAACGAACUUUAAGUGGGGGAUAAAGAUGCCGGAGGACGAGAAGCACGUCAUCUACGUGUGGAUCGACGCGCUGAUGAAUUACAUCACCGCCAUCGGCGUCGGGGACGGGAAGGACGACGCUGUGUACUCCGAGAGAUCCAAGUACUGGCCCGCGAGCGUGCACAUCAUGGCGAAGGAAAUCUCUUGGUUUCACUCCGUCAUCUGGCCUGCGCUCCUCAUGGCGCUCGAUUUGCCGCUGCCCCAGCGCGUGCACGCGCACGCGUUCUGGAUUCGUGAGGGAAGAAAGAUGUCCAAGUCGCUCGGUAACUUUGUCGACUUGGCGUGCAUGGAUCGGUUCAAGGAGCAUUAUGGAUUGGACGCGAUUCGAUACUACCUCGCCGUCGAGGGACCGAUCGGAGCGAACGACGCCAACUUUAGCGCGGACCGCGUGCAGGAAAUUUAUUCGAGUGACCUAGUGAACACUCUCGGUAAUAGCGUCAGUCGCACGACAGCCAUGGUGAACAAAUACUUCGACGGCGAAGUUCAGAGCGAAGAGUUGAACGGUGCGAGAGUCACGUUUGAAAACUGGGACAUGCCGGCGCGCACGAGUGCGUGCGUGGAGGACGCACUGAAGGCGUACGACAAGUUGGACCUCCCGCGCGCUGCUGCGGCGGCGAAGCAGAUUAUCAUGGACGUUGACGUUUUCAUCACCGAGACGGAACCGUUUCGCAUGGCGAAGGACGCGAGCAAGCGUGCUGAGUUGUCGGCGUGCCUGUACCAGUGCUUAGAGUCACUUCGCAUCGCGUGCGUGCUCUUGGAGCCGUUGAUGCCGAACAAGAUGGCGGAGUUCGACGCGGGUGUCGGUUUGGGAGAGGGCACGAUGGAUGAGCGCACGACGUGGGGAGGGCUGAAGCCAGGUACCAAGGUACAAAAACUCGCUCUUUUCCCGCGCGUCGAAGGCUUGAACGAACAGGGAGAGCCCAUGAAGGCGUAG